CGUCAAUCUCCUCGAACUUCCUGUUAUUUUAUUAGGGUUUCCUGUUUUAGCUCUCUCGAAGUAUCUGGACAAAAUUACAGCUUAGGCGAUCUUGAAGGACGAGAGUGGUAGAGAGAGAAAGUUAGAGAGAGACAGACAGGCUCGUGGCUGCUACCUAACUUUCGAAGAUUUUUAUUGUUUAUUCGAACGUCGGUCUCCGAAUUCAGGUAUAUAAGGGACUAGAUUUGGAUUCUAGGGCUUUCAUAAUUUGAUCGGCGAGACUAUGAGUUUGAUUCUAAACACCGACGCCGACACCGACACCGACGUAUUUUCCAGCUCACCUUUUCCGUUGAAUACUAUUCCAAAUAUCGAUAAAGGUUUUUUUUCUUAAAAUAUUGUGGAGAAGAGGCGGGCUCUUGAGAAGUAACUUGUAAACUAAUGUACUGAGAUAUGAGAUUAUCUUCUUCGCACUGUGCUAACGAUCUUGUUCACUGUAAUAAGCGGGUGCAAGCAAAAGUGCUUUGUUUGAGAGGGUAAGAUGCCAUCUAAUUAUUUCUCAAGACUGAGUGUCGCAAUUCGACAGCGAAUUUUGGUCGCUGGGCAAGAAGGUGGGCUCCAAGAUUCUGUCAAUGUUCUGAUUGGUCAAAGGAAACUGUUCUUUGGCAACUCUAGGUUGUUCCAUUCGAUACCAUUUUCAGCAUAUAGUGACCUGCAUGUCCUUCUGCAACCUGGAACUGUUAUUGCUGCACAAUCGAAUUUGCAGUUGGUUAAUCGAAGAAAAAAUAUCUCGGUUGUUGGAGCACUUUCUCGCACAUUUUCUAUCCCCUCUGUUUCAGGGCCUUCAUUUCAGGUCUGUGCGUACCACAUUGACCGCCUGCUAUCCGAAUCCAAACCCAGUCACUUAUCUUUGGGCAGUGAGUCUCUAAAAGCACCUAUGGCUGUUUCUGGUUCUAAAGCUGUAUUUGGUGACUGUUCUUUAAAUAAUUUAAUUUCAAGGCGUGGCCACCUUGCAAUGUCAACAAACAAUUUCUCUACUUGCCAUGGCAGUAGAAGUCUUGACAGUUGCAGAAAAGUCAGCAUGAGCUUGAGAAAUAAAGAAGGACCUAACAAUUAUUUGAUUUAUGGAUAUUAUAUAUACAAUGUUACAAAGAGGAGCAACUGUAUUCCAUUCCUGGGGUUUGAAUUCAUGGGUUUCCACAGCUUAUCACCUGCAUGUUCCUCUGCUGGGACUGCUCCUGAUGUGUCCUUUGACAGCUCUGCACGUGAUGAACAACUUGCAAGUUCUGCAGUUGAUCCUGAAGAGAAGAUUCCAGCACACAGAACCCUGAAGCUACUUUCAGGAUCAUGCUACUUGCCCCAUCCUGACAAAGAAGAAACUGGUGGGGAGGAUGCUCAUUUUAUUUGUUCUGAUGAACAAGCAAUAGGCGUGGCAGAUGGCGUUGGCGGCUGGGCUGAUCUUGGUGUUGAUGCUGGGCAAUAUGCUCGAGAACUCAUGUCUAAUUCGGUAACCGCCAUUCAAGAGGAGCCCAAGGGUUCAAUUGACCCAGCAAGGGUUUUGGAAAAGGCUCAUUCAAGCACAAAAGCUAGAGGUUCCUCCACUGCUUGCAUUAUAGCAUUGACGGGUCAGGGUCUCCAUGCCAUUAAUUUAGGAGAUAGUGGGUUUAUGGUGGUUAGAGAUGGAUGCACCAUAUUUCGAACCCCUGUACAGCAGCAUGAUUUCAAUUUUACGUAUCAAUUGGAGAGUGGAAACGGUGGUGAUUUGCCUAGCUCUGGUCAGGUUUUCACAAUCCCUGUUGCUCCCGGAGAUGUUAUAAUUGCUGGCACAGAUGGACUUUUUGACAAUUUGUACAACAACGAGGUUACGGCAGUUGUGGUUCAUGCUAUUAGAGCUGGUUUAGGGCCUCAGGUGACAGCACAAAAGAUUGCAGCAUUGGCACGCCAACGAGCACAGGAUAAAAACCGGCAGACGCCUUUUUCCACUGCUGCGCAAGAUGCUGGAUUCCGUUAUUAUGGUGGCAAGCUUGACGACAUCACUGUUGUUGUUUCCUACAUUACCAGUGCCAACAAUGAAAACAACACCCUUUUGGCAUGUGGCUCUGGUUAGACUCCUAUACCUGGGCUUGUGAACUCAAAAUCCCGUUGCAAAUCAUUCGUAUUACUUGGGCAUCUUGUCGGGCAUUUGAAGCCUUCUGUGAUGGAGUGUUACGCCGUACUCCAACCACCACGAUUGGUGCUGUAAAUACUUUUCUUUUUUUCUUCGUUUUUUUUUUUCAGAAAGGGAAAUUUUUUUUGAUGGGUAAUGUGUGGUAGUUUCUUGUUGCAGUUAGUUGGGACUUCUGUUAUUUUGAUUUUCUGAUAUAAAAUGGAGAGCGUACAGCAUUUGUGA